GGGGGCCGGCGCGGGUGCCACUGCGGGGGGUCACUGCCGGGGGGCACCGCAGCCGUUCCCACCUUUGCUUUUUGCCCAAUUCCCCUCUUUCUCCAGCCAAGAAGAUGGCCCAGACGGCGAGACACCGGCACGCCGAGAGCCUGGGCGCCGGCAAAGCCAUCGCCGUCCUCACCUCGGGGGGGGACGCACAGGGCAUGAACGCUGCCGUCCGCGCCGUGGUGCGGGUGGGCAUUUAUACCGGUGCCAAGGUCUACUUCGUGCAUGAGGGCUACCAGGGGCUGGUGGACGGAGGCGACAACAUCAAGGAGGCCACGUGGGAGAGUGUCUCCAUGAUGCUGCAGCUGGGGGGCACAGUCAUCGGCAGCGCCCGCUGCCAGGACUUCCGGACACGUGAGGGACGGUUGAAAGCAGCUCGAAACCUGGUGAAACGCGGGAUCACCAACCUCUGCGUCAUUGGUGGCGAUGGGAGUCUCACCGGUGCCGACACCUUCCGUGCAGAGUGGAGCAACCUCCUGGCUGAGCUGGUGAAGGGCGGUGGGAUCACGGCGGAGGAGGCAAAGAAGUCGAGUCACCUCAACAUCGUGGGCAUGGUGGGCUCCAUCGACAACGACUUCUGCGGCACCGACAUGACCAUCGGCACCGACUCAGCACUGCACCGCAUCAUGGAGAUUGUGGACGCCAUCACCACCACGGCCCAGAGCCACCAGCGGACAUUCGUGCUGGAAGUGAUGGGUCGCCACUGUGGCUACUUGGCGCUCAUCACCGCCCUGGCCUGCGGCGCUGACUGGGUCUUCAUCCCCGAGUCCCCCCCUGAGGAUGACUGGGAAGACCACUUGUGCCGGAGGUUGACAGAGACCCGUGUGGGCGGCUCGAGGUUGAACAUCAUCAUCGUGGCAGAAGGCGCCAUUGACAAGCAAGGCAAGGCCAUCACCUCCGACGACAUCAAAAAUCUGGUGGUGAAACGUUUGGGAUACGACACCCGGGUCACCAUCCUGGGCCACGUCCAGCGUGGUGGGACACCCUCUGCCUUCGACCGCAUCCUGGGCAGCCGGAUGGGCGUUGAAGCCGUCAUGGCUCUGCUGGAGGGGACCCCCGACACCCCGGCCUGCGUCGUCAGCCUCUCGGGCAACCAAGCCGUGCGCCUGCCCCUCAUGGAGUGCGUCCAGGUGACCAAGGACGUGACGACGGCAAUGAACGAGGGGCGCUUUGAGGAAGCCCUGAAGCUGCGGGGCCGGAGCUUCCAGAACAACUGGAACGUAUACAAGCUGCUGGCGCACAUCCGCCCUCCCUCCACCAAGAGUGGUUACACCCUGGCCGUGCUCAACGUGGGUGCUCCGGCUGCCGGCAUGAACGCAGCUGUCCGGUCAACCGUGAGGAUUGGCCUCAUCCACGGGCAUCGGAUGCUGGCAGUGCAUGACGGCUUCGAAGGGCUCGCCUUCGGGCAGGUGGAAGAAAUCAGCUGGGACAGGGUCGGCAGCUGGACGGGACUGGGAGGAUCCAAACUGGGGACAAAGAGGACUUUGCCCAAGAAAUACUUUGAGGAAAUCAGUGUUAACAUCAGCAAUUUCGGCAUCCAUGGGCUGAUCAUCAUCGGUGGCUUUGAGGCUUUUACGGGCAGCCUGGAGCUGAUGGAAGGGAGAGCCAAGUUCGAGGAGCUCUGCAUCCCACUCUGCAUCAUCCCCGCCACCGUCUCCAACAACGUCCCCGGCUCUGACUUCAGCAUCGGUGCCGACACCGCACUCAACACCAUCACCACGACCUGUGACCGUAUCAAGCAAUCGGCAGCCGGCACAAAGCGCCGCGUCUUCAUCAUCGAGACGAUGGGUGGCUACUGCGGGUACCUGGCCACCAUGGCAGGGCUGGCAGCGGGCGCCGACGCUGCCUACAUCUACGAAGACCCCUUCAAUAUCCACGAUUUGCAGGUCAACGUAGAGCAUUUAACAGAGAAGAUGAAGACGACGGUGAAGAGGGGGCUGGUGCUCCGGAAUGAGCGGUGCAAUGAAAACUACACCACCGACUUCAUCUAUAAUCUCUACUCGGAGGAAGGCAAGGGCAUCUUCGACUGCCGUAAGAAUGUCCUGGGACACAUGCAGCAGGGUGGCACCCCAACCCCCUUCGACAGGAACUUCGGCACUAAAAUGGGUGCCAAGGCGGUGGCUUGGAUCACCGGAAAGAUCAAGGAAUGCACCCGGCACGGUCGGAUCUUUGCCAACACGGCUGACUCCGCUUGUCUGCUGGGCAUGCGGAAGCGCAGCCUCGUCUUCCAACCCAUCACCGAGCUCAAGGCGCAGACGGACUUCGAGCACCGCAUUCCCAAGGAGCAGUGGUGGCUGAAGCUUCGCCCCAUCCUAAAAAUCCUGGCCAAGUACAACAUCGAGCUGGACACCUCCGAAAAAGCCCAUCUGGAGCACGUCACACGCAAGAACGUCUCACUCGAGUCCAACAUUUAAGAGGCGACAGCUGACACGACUUCUCCUGCCUCAGAAUGUGUCCCCACAUCACUCAGGGGAAUCUCUAGAAUCCUGUGCUCCCCAGGAAGAGGCAGCACCUCCCUGCCCUGAGGGCACCCCCUGCCUCGGGUUUCUGGAAGCAGAGGGUUUCCUCAGAGUAAAUUUUGCGUUGGUUUAGAUAUUUUAUGGGGUUUUCCCCCAGAAAAGCCAUUUCACGAAUGGGGGCAGGAUGUGGUGAUGAGUCGAGUCCCCCGGGCACUGCUUUAGUCUUAAAAAUUCAGAAUUAAAGAUGCUUCAAUAAAUUCAACGCUCACUCCUA